UGGCGUUUGACAGUGACAGUUGUUUAUCAUCCUUUCUCUUUCUGUCUUUUAUAAAACUUGACGGAAGCCGAAAAUAUGGCCACAUCAAAGAAGAAGACCAGGAAGCUGCGGGGACAUGUCAGCCACGGUCAUGGUCGUAUCGGCAAGCACCGCAAGCACCCUGGAGGUCGCGGUAAUGCUGGUGGCGAGCACCACCACAGAAUCAACAUGGACAAGUACCACCCUGGGUACUUUGGCAAGUUGGGUAUGAGGAACUUCCACUUGAGGAGGAACAAGAUCUUCUGCCCCGUGCUGAACCUGGACAAGCUGUGGACCCUGGUGUCUGAGCAGACCCGGCUCAAGUACGCCAGUGCCACUGAUGGCAAGGUUCCAGUCAUCAACAUUGUUAAGGCUGGUUACUACAAGUUGUUAGGCAAGGGCAAACUCCCCAAACAGCCCAUCAUAGUGAAAGCCAAGUACUUCUCCAAGACUGCUGAGAAGAAGAUCAAGGAUGUUGGUGGAGUGUGCGUGCUGUCUGCGUAAUUUAAGUAUAAAAUAAAACAUCAAAAAUA